AUGUUGCAAUCACCGAAGAAGAAGACCCAACGGCCUCGCCGACUGACGAGUGUCACUGAGAACCCUAUUCACGAGGCCAAACAAGACAACAAGAGGCAACAACAGCAACAGCAACGUAGACAACCACAAGUGCCGGCAUCAUACCCAACACCAUCACGCCACAAAGAAGGGUAUCGAGUGCAGCAACAUCGAAGACAUUAUUCCGUUCCGGACCUCAUGAUGCUUGGGUCGGCUGGCCCUAGACUAAGCAAUGGCCACGUGUACCCGGCCAGGGACAUGGAAAAUCUUGAAAUUGGUGUGAAUUGUGGUCACGACCAACAGCACUUGACGAUGGAUAAUUUUAAUAAUUUUUGCACGCUGCAGGCCCAGAGGCCACGGACACCCCCCAGCCAGCACACCAGUGGUAAGUACCUGAACUACUCAUAAAUUAUCACUCGCUCACUGUUACUUACUAGAAUUCUAUAUAGCCACCCCACAGACUCCUUUCGAAUGCUUUCCUGCAGGAAACCAGGAUGCAGCACAAAUGAUAGACGAUCUAUUGUCUAGUAUUGGAUCACCAGUAUCUCUAACACCAAGACGGGGAUCAAUGGUCGCGUCAAGUUCUCCGCUAAGAGCUACCUUCCCCCUGGAAGAUUGUGGAGAACACAACUUGCUCCAACAAAAUGGGAUAUCUGAUUCCCUCCCAACCCCGCCCCAUACCGGACAGCUGCAGCCCGUAAGCACGUUUGAUCUUGCACCUCUGCCCCAUCCGAACUUCGUAAGCAUGGCAGCAGUCAGUAUGAGCUCUGAGAGUGAGGGGGAGUCGUACUAUUCCCCUGUGUCCUCUGCCAUGUCACCAUCAUUCUCUUCGGUUCCAUCCACCCCAGAAAUGAAGCACACCGCUCUCUAUAAAAGUUCCGGCGCCAAUGCCAUGCCAACGGUUCCCGAACAUUCGACGCCCUCAGUUAAUAGCCUCCCGGCAUUAGAUCUUCCUCAAUUGGCUCCAGCUCCCCGCCGUGUUCCCGGGACCCCUUCACCGGUGCGGGUCCGAGUACCAGCGCCCCAUCUCACCCAGCCACUCGGAGCAAAGUCUUCUGGCAUCACAAUGGAGGAGAUCUCAAGCUUCAUCUCUGGCCCUGAUCAGGAUAGCAAGUGGCUUUGUCUCUUCCCAGAAUGUAAAAAGAGGUUUGGAAGAAAAGAGAACAUCAAGUCACAUGUUCAAACCCACCUUGGAGAUAGGCAAUACAGAUGCGAGGCAUGCAGGAAGUGUUUUGUGAGACAGCACGAUUUGAAGAGACACUCCAAGAUCCACACAGGGGUCAAGCCAUACCCCUGCUUGUGUGGUAAUUCGUUCGCAAGGCACGACGCACUGACACGGCACAGACAGAGAGGGAUGUGCGUUGGCGCGUUUGAAGGCAUUGUGAAGAAGGUGGUAAAGAGAGGAAGGCCCCGCAAGAAGCCCCUCCCGGAGGAUGACCAAAAAUUGAACGCAGAGGAAACUUCUGACAGCACGGUAGCGGAUGGGUCAUCAGGAUCCUCAAACCCUCAGACACCCUACGAGCUCCCAGACUUUGGUAGUCCGCUCCCCCAGACCCCGCCGCCUCAUACCCCAAUCUCUGGCGAGGAAGAGGAGGCAACACCCCGUUGUAGAGAAAGCUCGUCGGAUUUCCUCGCCCAGCCCGCGGAAUCACCUGGGUAUUCCCCCCCAACCUCUCCAAGCGAUGAAUAUGACUUCGAGUCGUUCGUCUCCCCACCCUCACCGUCGUCAAAUAGGAAUUCUGUUGGGUCUAGUUCACUGGCCGAAAGUGACCUUGUGCCCUCGUAUGGACCCCUCGCGGCAAAUACGACAACCACAACGACAGAGCAGGUAGUAGGAGCUUCCAUGAAGAAGUUUGGCAUCGGAUCAUUCGGCUCACUAGAUGAAUACGCAUCCUCAUCUGGUGCGGAGGAGUUCGGCUUAUUUUCCCAGGAUGGCAUGGAUAUGCUCGGCCUGACGGCACUGGAGAGAGACCCGAGCAUAUUGAACUUUGACGACGACAUCUACAUUAAGCCCGAGUUUAUGACCAACGCUGAAAAUGGUAGUUUUUACUGA